GCUAACCUACCUACAUCCACUGUCGCGGAGCCGUUUGUUUACCGAGCCGUAUGUAAGAGCCGUAGGAGCCCUCGGAAUUGCGAGCCAACCUCCAACUACUUACCAACAGUCAUGUACGGGAUAGCGAUUGCUUGUACUAAAACAGAUAUAUAAUUCACUUUCUCGUAUUCCAACGCUCUCCCAUCGUUGCAUCCCAUUUUCUGUUCACAUCAUUACAGUUCCAAGGUUAACAGUCAGUUACGAAAGAAACUCCUAUUUAAAAUUCCAAUAUUGGACAGCAUCAAAAUGUCUCUACGCGAACAAAUGAUCUCCACUGCAAGACAGUGGGUCAAAGCCCACAACGAAAAGGCAACGACUGGUGUGGAGGGCAUCAUCGUGCUCGCAGCUCCUGACUUUGUCGGCCGCUUGUUUCCGUCAUCACUCAACACGCCACCCCGAGGUCGUGAAGACUAUGCAAAAUUCCAGUUGACGUCUUCCAGCGCGUUUGAGACGUACCACGCUGAAGAGACCGACAUAGUAGUUGACGAGACUCAGCGCAAGGUCGUCUACUAUCUCACCGCCAGGGGAACGACAAAGAUUGCGGGGGAUUACGAGAAUGAAUAUGUUCACAAGUUGAUACUUACGGACGAUGGAAAGUUGGUGAGGCAAUUUGAUGCGUAUUUGGAUAGCCAGGUGAUGGUAGAAUUUAUGAACAAAAUACAGGCAGCAACAAGCGCAAAGGGGGAAGAGUAGAAAGGCGGAGUAGGGAGAAGAGAAGAGGGGAAGUAUAAAGGAUGCAUGUCCCACCGUACUUGGAGACAAGAUAGGCAUUGGUAACUACCUAGGGUACCUACCUAAGGUUAGGUAGUUAUCAAUGAUAGUUAGGUAAAAGAUAGGAGAGAAAACAAAUACCGAACAAAUUCCAGGUUAUUACCCCAAAUUUACGAGGGUUUAUCAGGGUUAUUAUGUCAUACCCAGGCUAUCAGCCAAUCAAAUCCAUCCAAAGUCUAAUCA